CUGGUCACGUGCUCCUUCUGUCCUUGGCAGGCGUGCGUUUCUGGGAACAUCAUGUCCUCCUUACUAGCAGGAGCGCGGCUUAUCCUCCGCUCAGGGCUCUAUUCUCUGCCGGCAUCCCAUGUGCGGCUAAGCCCUGGCCCGGUACGACACUUGCUCAGCUCACCUAGAUUUUUUGCUGUGGCCAUCCAACAGAAGGGAAGUGGCCACGAUGAACCAGCUGCUGCAGUUCAACACAAGCAAGCUCAGCAGUUUGACUGGGCCCUUACAAAGCUGGACAGCUCAGUCCGGCGCACUGGCCGCAUCACGAAAACACUUCUGUUAAAGAUCUUUCAUGAUAUCUGCAGAACAGGUUAUCCCAGCAGUAACCAAGCUUUACUUAUGCUGAGAAGUUGUGGGACAUUACUGCCAGAACUUCCAGUCACAGAAAGAACAGAUAUUGCACAUAAGAUCUGGGAAAAACUACAAGAAAUGGGUGCAGUGUUUGAUGUGAGCCACUACAACGCUUUAUUGAAAGUCUACCUUCAAAAUGAACACAAAUUUUCACCUACCGAAUUCCUUGCUAAGAUGGAGGCAGCCAAUGUACAACCUAAUCGGGUUACUUUCCAGAGGCUAAUUGCAGCUUUUUGUAAUGAAGGAGACAUUGAGGGAGCAAGCAAAAUUCUGGGUUUUAUGAAGAGCAAAGAUCUUCCCAUCACAGAGGCAGUGUUUAAUAAUCUGGUGACUGGACAUGCUCGAGCUGGAGAUAUGGAAAGUGCAAAAAACAUCCUUAACGUUAUGCAGAGUGCAGGUAUCGAACCUGGGCCAGAUACUCAUAUUGCCCUGCUGACUGCCUAUGCUGAAAAAGGCGAUAUUGAAAGUAUCAAAGAGACGCUAGGAAAAGUGGAGAAGAAUGAAGGAAACCUCACAGACCGUGACUUAAUGGAGGUUGUAUGGAGCCUGGCAAAGGCAGGGUAUCCUCAGUAUGUACCGGAUAUCUUGGAACAUAUGAGAUUUGACAGAUCUUACAAACCUGAUGCAAUGAACCUGUGUCUGAGUCUCAUGACUCAAGGGUAUGCAGACACGGCUUUUCAGGUCUUAAAGACAUUUUCCUCUUCACCAUCCAAUGGUCAGAACGGAGAUUUUAUUCACCAUGGGAACUUCUUCUUACGUCACUGCACAACUUUAGAAAUGCCUGCUAAUAAGGUGAAGGAAUACUGUGAUGGUAUGAAAGAGGCCAACUUACACUCAGCACCUCUGCAGUUUGCCUUGUACUGUGCUUUGGAUGGCCAUAAACCAGAUCUGGCAUUGGACCUGAUGAAGAUCAUGAAGGAGGAGGGAUUUCCUGUUAGACCACAUUACAGCUGGCCUCUGCUAGUCCGAUACCAAAAGGAGAAAAAUGUAGAAGGCACCAUUAAAUUACUUAAAGCUCUCAAAAAUAUUGGCGUCGAACUGGACUUGGAGACAUAUUCUAAUUAUGUUAUAAGUAUGUUUGACGAUAUGCAGUCUGCCCGCGAAAUUCUAGAGGAGAGUGGAUAUGAAAUUGAACGCACAUGGCUCCAAGUGUCAGAGCUGAGACGGGAGGCAUCACAAGGGAACCUCAAUCAAGUCUUUGCCCUUUUGUCUUCACCAGACUCUGCACCCACCGACCUGGGAUAUUUCAGAGGCAGCCUCAUUACAGCAUUUAAAAAGUCUGACGAUGUCGAGAUCAUGGCCAAGAUAACAGAGCUGUUGUACAAGGAUGGUCGCUACUGCCAAGCCCCUUCAGGACCAACUGCAGAAGCUGUUGGCUAUUUUCUUUAUAACUUGAUUGACAGCAUGAGUGAGUCAGAAGUACAGGCCAAGGAGGCUCGUUUGAGACAAUACUUCCAUCAGUUGAAGAAGAUGAACCUAACGAUCUCUGCAAAUAUAUACAAAGGCAUCCGUAACGUGUUGGACACUCGACAUGUCCCGGAACUAAUUAAGGAUGUAAUUGUUUUGAUGAAUCCACAGGAUUCUCUAUCAUAUUCUGAUGCUGCCAAGACCACUGAAAGCAAGAUCUCUGCUUUGGAAGAGAAGAUUGAGACUCUAAAAGCUGAGAACAAGCCUAUUUCAGAUGUUGUAGCUCUUCUCAUUGCAAGACUUUGUGCCGACGAGAAAAUGGAAAAAGCCCUGGAAGUAAAGGCAAAGUAUGAACAAGAAGACUUACCUGUUGGUGUGUAUGCAUCCUUGAUCAACUUGUGUUGUCGACAUGAUAACGCUGAAGAGGCACUAAACCUGAAGCAGGAGCUGGAACGUAAAGACUCAACUGCUGUCCUUGAUUUCCAUAAAUACCAAGCACUAGUGAAGGUCUUUGCUAAGAAUGGGCGCUUAGCAGAUGCUAUUAACAUUCUAAAGGAGAUGAAACAGAAGGAUGUCCCCAGAAAAACCACAGCAGACUCAUCCUUCUUCCACAUCCUAAACGCGUCUGCCAUGAGAGGGGACAUUGAGACCGUGAAUCAGUUGUACGAAUGGAUUGUAUCACUGGGUCUGGCCAAACCUACAGCUAACCUGUCUUCACCGGUGGUGGCUGUCCACCUUGAGAAGGGUGACCUUCCGAAGGCAUUGGAAGCCCUGAUUGAUUGCAGCAACAAGUACAAAUGCAUUCCUCUAUUACAUGACCUACUUUGUAAACUGGUGGAAGUGGGGGAUGCAGAGCUAUUACAAAAAGCGAUGGACCACAUAUCUCAGGAACGGGGUGAAAUGGCAAUGCUCUAUUCUCUGCUCUUUGCGUUUCUCCAAACUGGGAAGUACAAAGAAGCCAAGAAGAUCAUGGAGACUCCUGGUUUAAGAGCACGGCCUGGAAGAUUGGAGUGGUUUGCUUCCAAGUGCAUUGCAUCUAACAAGGUGGAAGUGUUGGAAAACAUGGUGGAGGUGACUCAGAAACUAUUUGAAUGUGACCGAGACGAGAUGUAUUUCUAUCUUCUACAGCUCUGCAAGGAAAAUAAUGAUUGGAAGAAAGCAGACGCUGUUUGGACUAAAAUACAAGAAGAAAAUGUGAUCCCACGGGAAAGAACUUUGAAACUGCUGGCAGAGAUUUUCAAGCAGAACGGUCAAGAUGUGCCUUUUGACGUGCCAGAGGUUUGGUAUCAAAAGCCAUCAGAACAACGUGCCCCCGCACAGCCUUCUGCCCCGGAAACCUCAUAUGACAGGAAGAUUUUGGUACUUAGUAAAAAGAACAAAGGAAAGGAGGCCUAUGAUGUGUUUAUGGAAGCUGAGAAGAACUCAGAGGUUUUGAGUUCCGUCGCGUAUACCAACAUGAUCAAAGCUCUGCUGUCCGAAGGUCUUCUCAAAGAAGCUGAGAAAGUCAAGGCUUCCGCCGAGCACCGCAUCAAGGGCUUCACACUGAACGACGUCGCUAACAGCCUCUUCAUCAUAACACAAGUUAGGCGGGAUUAUUUGAAAGAUGCACUUACCACUCUGAAGUCCAUGCUUGAAGAUGACAAGGUGCCCAGUCAGCUAGCUGUCACGCGUCUUGUACAAGCCCUGGCCAUGAAGGGGGACUGGAAAAGCAUUGAAACCGUUGAAGAAAUGAUGGGCAGCAUUGGAUCCUCCAUAGCUCUAUCACAAAUGCUUUUUACCAAUAACAAAAUUUUGGCUCAACUUAAGAAUGGCAAUAUAGAAGAAGCUGUAGAGAUGGCAGAGUCCCUACACACAGGAGACACUUCUCAAGUAAAAAGCAUUUCAUACGUGUUCAGAAGGGUCAUUGAAGAGAAGAUGGAACCAGCACUUGAAAAAUUAAGUGCCCUGGCUGAGCGUUUGGCGAAUCAGUUUGCUGUGUACAGACCCGUCACAGAACUCUUCACCCAGUACAUCCAGGGAGACAGAAAGGAAGACGCCAGAUAUCUGUUACAGAGAUGCAGUGCUAUUGCAGAACAAAAGCAAAUUCUAGUAUCUUUCAUCGCCAGGACAUCUCAUAGAACAGGCCAGGCAAACGCAGUCACAGAUCUACUUGAACUGAUUCCUGAUUUUACUGGGAAGGAAAUUGCGUACUCCUACCUAAUGAAAUGCUAUGCGAAAGACAAAAAUGUGGACGCCGCAAUGGCUUUGUACGAGAAAAUGAAAGCUGAAAACCUGAAUCCCGAUGAGCUUCUGUUAAAACGCUUGGCAGUCCUACUGAAGGAUGCCGGAAAACAUGUCCCUUUUACGGAGCCCCCUGAGAGUUUCAGUUUCUACGCAGACAAACUAAAGCAAGAGCAUAUGAGUAUACCAGAUGACGGACACUAGUGCAUUUGUUUUUAAUUAUUUUUUUGUCUGUUAGGUAUUUUUUUUUUGUUUUGUUUUUUUUCUCUUUCUUUCUAUUGCUGUAUCAACUGUGUUUUUGUUUUUUGGUGUUUUUUUUGUUUUUUUUUUCUUAAGUGUAUUUUCUGUCCCUGGGGAAAAAAAUAUUGUGAGAACUGUGAGAAAAUGAUGACAUGCAAAUUAUAUUUAACACUGGUUGGAAUUAAUAAAAACGAACGCCAUUUGUA